CUGGCUGCCUGCUCCGAUCAGUCCAACGCCCCACUCCGAGCUGAAAGCACGCGCCGGCCGCGACCCGACACCUCGGAUGAUCGCGAACAAACACACAACCUCACAGACGCCGCCUGAUUAAAAUAUUUUAAGUGUUGCAUCCGUAUUUUUGUAAAGUGCGAAAACGGUGAAAGUUUUUUUUUAAUAGUAAACUGUGAUAGCGAGUCAGGCGGGCGGAGGCUCGGGUGGGGCGCGUUCCGCUGACACAGUGGCUCAGUCGGCCGCCGGUCGCCGAGUGGCAAGCACCAUCGAUUUUCUCCAUAGAAGAGUUCGCGAGUGAGACCAAACAUGCAUAUUGAAGUGCAAGUCGCCCUAAAUUUCGUCAUAUCCUACCUGUACAACAAGCUACCAAGACGGCGCGUGAACAUCUUCGGUGAGGAGUUGGAGAAAGCGCUGAAAGACAAGUUCCGGGGUCACUGGUACCCCGAUAGGCCGUGCAGAGGGUCGGCGUUCCGGUGCCUGAAGACUGGGGGUCCAUUAGACCCCGUGCUGGAGCGAGCGGCGAGAGAAUCCGGGGUCCCAGUCCGUGAUGUCCUCGAGCAUCUACCGCGGGAUCUCGCCGUCUGGGUCGAUCCAGGCGAAGUAUCAUACCGCAUCGGAGAAAAGGGCGCUGUGAAGGUGCUCUUCAGUAGUGACGAGCGAGCCGCCGACGAGAGGACCGAUAGAGAGGUAACCCGCGCCUUCAACCCUGAAGCGCAGUGCUUCCGGCCUGUGGAGCCCGCUGCGGCGCCUUCGCCCCCCGCGCCCGCCGCCUUCUCCCCAGCGCCGCCGUUCCGCGCGCAGCCUCUCACCUUCACGACAGCGACUUUCGCGCAGACCAAGUUCGGCAGCACGAAGCUGAAGACGAGCAGCAAACGCGCGAACCGCAUGUCGCCCACCGAGUUCAGCAACUACAUCAAGCAGCGCGCGAUGCAGCAGCAGCUGGCGGCGCGCGCGCUGUCGCCCGCCUCGGACCCCGCGGCGUACUUCGUGGCGCGGCGCGAGCCCGCCCCCGCCUCCGCGCCGCCCUACCCGCCGGCGCCGGCGCACCUGCUGCUCGCCAACUGAGCCGCGCACGCGCGCUAGCCGCCCCGCGCGACCCGCUCAUAGAGUCUUUACUUUUUUACGAGAGAGACGCGCGCCGCGAUUUAUUUUUUUAUUUUCCGCGGGGGCGUCCCGCGCCGCCCGCCGCUUGUGAUAUCCGUACGAUUUUCCAUAACUUUUUGUAUUCUCGUUCGUUACGUCGAUGUGUAAAUUUAUCGAUAGGAGCAAUAAUCUGCCGCGCGACUCGCCGGCGAUUUAUUUUCGUAAUAUUUAAUGCUGAGUCAAGUUUUUGAUGUCUUCGUUCGAUAUCGAUAUAUUCGUAGGGUGUAAGGGAGCGAUAGGCCCAACGGCCGCGUGCGCUUACGACGACGUACCUUCUAGAGCGAGCCUGUAUACAUACGUCCUCCGAUCUAAGAGAAAUACUGAUAUUUAAAUAUGUAUACAUAAUAUAUAUUCGUACGCGAUAAUCGUCUAAUUUUUCACGUGGAAACGAGGCCAAUAGAGAAAUUACGUAUUUUUAAUAUUGAAAUUGAUAAAUUCAUACUUACUAUUAUAGUGUACUAGUACCUAUGUAUUGUACUCGUAUGUUGUAAUAAAUGUUUGCAUAUCCGGUGGGACGUGGUCGGACGGCGGCGGGCCGCCCGAAGGCGUCGGAGAUCUCACAUAGUGUAAUCAUCACUCGUACGAUUGUACCCUUAUAAUAAUAAUUAUUAUAAUACUAUACAUAAUAUAUUAUAGGUUUAGCUACGUUUCAAUCUAACAGUAUUUUUUUAAGAAGAUAUUAGUCCUUGUGUACAUUUGCCGGUCGACCGCGCCGCGGCGCCCGGCCUUAGCGUGUAUGGUAUACUUAUAUUGUUAUAAAAGACAUGAAUAUGGAUAAAUGAUAGAAAAAUAUUUCUCAAUUCAUUAAGAUAACGGGUGCAUGCAAAUUCAUAAAAAUAAAUACUAUGUGUUAUUUAUCUUUUUUAUAUUUCACUUGGCGCUCGGUGCAGUUUUUCAAUGGAGGUCAGUAGUGGUGUCGAUGCAGCGGCGGCAGGCAGUGUCGAUACACGCAUGCGCGCCCGGGUUCCAUGCACAACACUCACAAUAUUGUACCUAAACUGAUAUGUACAACUAUUUUUUACUAUUUUUAUAUUUUGAUUUAGAAUUAAGGCUAGUUGUAUGAUUUCAACCUUAACAUGUACUUUAUUAACGCCCUAUAAUUAAAUUAUUACGUAAUAUGUAAUAAUAUCGGUGUGAUUAUCGAUUGAGAAACUGACCGAAAUGCUACAGUAUUUUGUAGAUAAAAUCUAUAAUGUAAGUUUAAUAAUAAUACAACUUAGCGUAAUGAGAUUUUUUAUUAUAAAGAUACUUUUUAUUUUUCUUUCUUUUGUAAGAUAUAUUCGAUGGAAGUGUUAAAGAUAAUAUAAUAUUUGCAUAAUAUAGUAAAUGCGGCUCUCCAUGUCCGCUAAUAUAAUUAGUCAAUAAUAAUUUUUCAUAUUGUUGUACGACUUUUUAAGUUUAUAUUAAAAUGUUUUGUGCAAUCUA